AUGGCUGCAUCUCUUGCUGAAAAUCCAGAGUUAAAUGAUAUAUCUUUGGAUGAUGAAAAUUAUACUCAAGAGUCAUCUAAAGAAUGGGGCUCGCAGGAGUGGAAUUUUCCCAAGGCUCACAAUUCAUUAAAAAAUUUUUCAUCACUAUUUAGCACAAUAUCAAAUGCUUCCUCCACAAUAACUUCUCCAAUUGCCGAUUCUCAUCAUAGGUCAAGUAUGUCCUCAGCAUCUAAUUAUGAUUUGUCGCAUGAAAGAGAAGAUCAGGCAUCGCAGGAAAUUUCUAAAGCCAAACGAGCCUCAUUACAAAGAAUUGCAGAAUUAAGACAUAGAUGA